AUUUGGCAAGAAUGGUCACAGCUGGGCACCGCUGCAGGAAGAGGCAUGAGAUUGAAAGGGGCCGGUGGAGUGCCACUGCAGGAAGAGGCACGAGAUCGGGUGGAGUGGCACAACAGGCUCCAGCAUCCGCACUUUCCCACCUGCACUUUGGAAACUGGAGGGGUUUUUUUUAAUGCAGGGCACAGAAGCAGGGCUCCAGAGGAUCUCCAAUGCUGCCAUCCUUGGGGAAGCCCAUUGUCCCAUCUCCACCUGCAGCCAUCUGACCUGCAGGGAAGCAUGGAGCUGGUCCAGGACAUCUGCCGCGCCCCCCUGGAAUACGUGAAGGGGGUCCCGCUCAUCAAGUACUUCGCAGAGGCCUUGGGCCCUCUGCAGAACUUUGAAGCCUGGCCUGAUGACCUGCUGAUCAGCACCUACCCCAAAUCUGGGACCACCUGGGUGAGUGAGAUCCUGGACAUGAUCUAUCAGGGCGGCGAUCUGGAGAAGUGCCGCCGGGCCCCCAUCUUUAUCCGGGUGCCCUUCCUGGAGUUCAAGGCCCCAGGGAUCCCCUCAGGGAUGGAGUCGCUGAAGGAUACAUCAGCCCCCCGGCUCCUCAAGACGCACUUGCCGCUGGCCCUGAUCCCUCAGAGUCUGCUAGACCAGAAGGUCAAAGUGAUCUACGUGGCCCGCAACGCCAAGGACGUGGCCGUCUCCUACUACCACUUCUACCAGAUGGCCAAGGUGCACCCUGAUCCCGGCACCUGGGAUGACUUCCUGGAGAAGUUCAUGGCGGGGGAAGUGUCCUAUGGGCCCUGGUACCAGCACGUGCAGGAGUGGUGGAAGCUGAGCCAGACCCACCCUGUACUCUACCUCUUCUACGAGGACAUGAAGGAGGACCCCAAAAGGGAGAUUCGGAAGAUCCUGACGUUUCUGGGACGCUCCCUGCCCGAGGAGACCAUAGACCACAUUGCCCAGAGCACGUCGUUCAAGGAGAUGAAGAAGAACCCCAUGACUAACUACAGCACCGUGCCCACGGAGGUCAUGGACCAUAACAUUUCCGCCUUCAUGAGGAAAGGCAUCACGGGGGACUGGAAGCGCACCUUCACUGUGGCCCAGAAUGAGCGCUUUGACACCCACUAUGCAGAGAAGAUGGCCGGCUCGGAGCUCAACUUCCGCUUACAGCUGUGAGCAGUGUCAUUCCAGAGAGAGGGCGGACGGCGAGUCUGCGUGGUCUCAGGAGUACAGUGAAUAAAGUGUGCUUUGUGCUGGA